AUGUCGGGUAAAGUACACGGUGGUAAGGGUAAGUCCGGUGCCAAGGACGGUGGUGCUUUAAGGUCACAAUCAUCCUCAGCAAGAGCUGGUCUUCAGUUCCCAGUUGGUAGAAUUAAGCGUUAUUUAAAACGUAAUGCAAGUGGUAAAGUUCGUGUAGGAUCCAAAUCUGCGAUUUAUUUAACUGCUGUAUUAGAAUAUUUAACUGCAGAAGUACUAGAACUGGCAGGAAAUGCUGCUAAGGAUUUAAAGGUUAAGAGAAUCACACCAAGGCAUUUACAACUUGCCAUCAGGGGAGAUGAUGAGUUAGAUAGUCUAAUUAGAGCCACCAUUGCUUCAGGUGGUGUUUUACCCCAUAUCAACAAGGCUUUACUGCUAAAGGUGGAAAAGAGAAAAUAG